ACCACAAUCUUCAUCAGUCGCAUUCUGAUCCUUUCCCGUAGUACUACCUCUGACGGUCUGCCUGCACAGUCACAUAUUUCUCCAUCAAAGUCCCGGCAACAGCAGCAGCGAUGGCGAUGGUGCGUGGCAAUGCUUUUGCAGCCGUUCUGACGCUUGUGGUGGCUUUGGAUCUGGUCGCACGCGUGAUGCUGGUCCAGGCUAGCAGUUAUCUUGGAACCAACUGGGUGAGCGGCAGGGCACAUGCCACGUUCUACGGCGGUGCUGAUGCCUCUGGCACUCAAGGUGGUGCGUGUGGAUAUGGAAAUCUCUACUCGACUGGAUAUGGAACCAGCACUGCCGCUCUUAGUUCGGCGCUAUUCAACAGUGGCCUCUCUUGCGGCGCAUGCUAUGAACUCACCUGUGAUACCUCUGGCUCCAAGUACUGCCUUCCCGGAAAUCCAUCCAUCAUUCUGACAGCCACUAACUACUGCCCUCAGAACUCCAACGGCGGAUGGUGCGACGCUCCCAAGCAGCAUUUCGACCUUGCACAUCCCAUGUUUGUGUCUCUCGCGGAGGAGCGUGGCGGUGUUAUCCCUGUCAAUUACAGAAGAGUCCCUUGCGCGAAGAAAGGUGGCAUGAGGUUCCAAAUGAAUGGAAACCCCUGGUUUUUGCUGGUUCUCGUGACCAACGUCGGCGGGGCAGGCGAUGUGCAACAGCUCUCCAUCAAGGGCUCAAACUCGGGCUGGUACCAAAUGAAACGCAAUUGGGGACAGAUGUGGCAGCUGACGGGAAACAGCAACAUGCCGGGACAAGCUCUCUCUUUCAGAGCUGUCCUUAGCGACGGCACAACAGUGGAGUCCUUGGACGCUGCCCCAGCUAACUGGCAUUUCGGCCAAAUGUUUGAGGGAAGCCAGGCAUAAUCACAUUACCAGUAUUGAACCGACGACCACCGUAUAUCGUUCAUCAUGCUUUGCACCGGAGUCACGAGUGGCGUCGCGGUCACAGAUAGAAUGAUUUUCUAACUUACCAGUAAAAAUACAUGAGUUUGGAUUGUGUCUGUACGAAGAAGCAGAGGCGUGUGUAUACACACGCCCGCUCUUAGAAAGUCAAUAUUCCAGAUUAGAAAUCGGUCUCGUACAGUAAGAGCGAUAAAAUUUAGGUUGCUGAGGUGCGUUAAAUUAAUACGUUAUGAUUGCACCACCCGCUCCUUGCCUGUAAAUUAAUUUAAUGUCCAGCUUGGGAAUUAUAGACUGCGCAGAUCAGGUCCUACCAUAGUAAACGCCUCCAUGACCCGUGUGUUGAAUCAGUGUGACGGAGUGAAAGGGUUGUUCUUUUGCCCGCACUUCCCACUUUCCUCUAAUCCGUAAUAAGAUUCAACAUUGUUCUA